AUGGGUUCUCAGCAGAACGAAGGAACAAGCUAUCAGCCUUCAGAGCGGAAGCCCUGCGCCAACAACUGCGGCUUCUUUGGCACAGCCAAGAAUCGGAACCUCUGUUCCAAAUGCUUCAGAGACGUGUGUAUUCAAGAAGCUCAUGCUGCUUCGGCCAAAGCCACCAUGGAGAAAUCCCUGCUCCAUUCCAGUGCCGCCGCCGUCGAAGCCGCCGUAGUGCCAUCCCUCGACGUGGCCAUUCGUGUGGCGGAGCCCUCCUCGUCCUCAGAGCUGUCGAAGCCGUCGAAGGUAGCGAACCGUUGCGGGAGUUGUAACAAGAAAGUGGGUUUGACAGGGUUUGUGUGCAAGUGUGGGACCACCUUCUGUGGGACACAUCGUUAUCCGGAGAAGCACCAAUGCUCGUAUGAUUUCAAGGGUGCCGGACGUGAUGUGAUUUCCAAGGCUAAUCCUUCGAUUAAGGCAGACAAGAUCGCUAGAUUUUAG